CUUAUUGAAUGAAUACAAUGCAAUAAAACGUCCUCGCAUACGCUGAAAAUUAUUUCUUAUUAGUUGCUGUACAAGCAACAUAAAAAUUGGAUUCAUUACCAAACAUUAAACAAAUAUAAGAGGCCCAGAGUUCUGGCGCAUAGAGGGGAAAUUCUUUUUUGUAGUUAUCAACUUUGUACGGUGUCGUUAUAUGCAACGAGUUUUGAAUAGAUUUGUACGUAGAAUACAAGGUGCAAGGAAUGUGAUGGUUUCGGAGUUUAUUCCAGAUAUUAGAGAAACCGACUCAGGUGGAAGAACCUACCAGUAAUUAAGGAAAUCGUGUUGUGUGAUAAUAUUGAAGAUUAACAUUUAUAUCAUAGCUUACUUCGAUUGUAGAACAAGAAUCUCCACACUUAAAUUUUAUGGAAGUCACUGUGACAGAUAUGUGUGAUAACAGCCACUAUAACAAGAAUACUAAUAAACUGCUUAUAGACUUUAAUGGUCCUUUGCAAACACAGCUGAAAGUUGGAAGCACUGGUCAUCUGAAACCAUUACUUCCACCUCCAAUUGGUCCAGUAGAUUCUCCAAGUGUCACAUUAACUUGCACUCAGACUGUUUUAGGUGGAGAUGAUUCUGAUGUUGACAAUAAUCCCUUUGACUUAGUUACUCAUCAGACAGAUUUGAAUGUUCGGAUGCUAAAUGAUCCAUUUGAACUUGUAUAUCAAAAAGCAUAUCACCUUCCGACUGAAGUAAAUGAAAAAAAUCCAGAUUCAAAUGUGACAAAUACAGACGAUAAAGAAGUUUCUACAACGCUGCCGACUGAGACAGUUUCAUCCUUACAAGAUAUUUGUAGCACUGCUUCUGAUAAUUUUAAAGCAAAUUCUAUUCAUUCUAAUGAUGUGGUCCAAAUACUGGAGCAUUUGAAUGAAGAUAUUGGUGAAGAUUCAUUAAUUUGUAUUGAAGAUGUCACAGAUCCAACUGGACGUAUGUUCUUAAGCCUGUCGGACACUUCUUGUGCUUCAAAACAGUCAUCAGCAACAGAAAGGAUAAAUGAAUUAAGUGAUUUAAAUUUUACCAAUUUGAUUAAUGUACACCAGCCUGUAAAGAAUAGCAGUGGAAUCUGUCACAUGAAAACUGCAGAGAAUGGACAAAAUAUUGCUCAAAAUAAUUUGUUUACACAUAUAAGAAGUUCCUGUUGUGAUGGGCAUAAUGUGUACCAGAAUUGUUUUAGUACAGGUUGUAUACAUAGAAAAACUGAAACAGAUGUAUUAUCACCAUCCCAAGAAAUUAAAUUAAAUUCCAAUUCCCACACAGAUGAGGAAUUGAAAGCUAUUGUUGCAAGUAGAAUAAAUGCUUGCAUUAAAAAUGCACUGGGGCAGACAAAGUUGUCUACAAGAGAGAAUUGGAUUUCUGGUCACAAUUCAUCCUCUCAUGUUACUGUCACUGCCCCCGUGAUGACAGUACCUGUGCCGCUCGUACAGUCUUCACGCCUGCAUUCAGAUGUUUUUUCAUUUGCAUCCCCUGAAAUAAAGAAGAGUAAUUUACCUGCAACUCUGAAUGGUGUUACAGAUGCAUCUGUUGAAGCACUGCAUACGUUACAUCAACAGGGAAAUGCAAAUUCAGUAAAUGCCAUCUUAGCAUCUAGUCUGAAGACACCUCUUGAUAAAUUAAAAUUGCUGACACAGAGAAAAAGCAGUGGCAGUACUGGUAGUGUCGAAUCAUAUGGGGAACUCAAUAAAGCCUUUUACAUGUUUAUGUCGGGCAAUUCAGAAAUGAAAACCUCUCCUGACCUGUUGUGUCAAUCAUUCUCAGAUGUUAGAGGAACUAUUUCUGGUUCUGGUUCCACAGAGAAAUGUUUUUCUCUAAAAUGUGCUAAUAAUAAUUUAGGUAUAAAUAUGAAUGUUGCACCUAAUAGUCUUGAUCCUGAAUUAUAUAGUUCCAGUUCAUGUGAACAUAAGAAUGUAACAGCUGACAGUGGAAAAAUUGGAAAAGAUAAUAUAUGUGGUGAAGAAAAACUGAGUUCAGUACAGAAUGAUAUACAAGUGAAAAACACUGAUCAAGAGAGACUUCAUCCAGCUCAAGAAAAUUCGCUGCAUGUUGACAGAAAUACUUUGGCAUGUAUUUCUUCAAACAAUGAUGAUUAUGUGGCAGGAAAUAUAUAUAUAAGAAGAUUGUCAUCUUCAUUGUGUGUGGGUUCAUGUGAUAGCAACAAGAAUGACGAGGUUGAAGGAGACGAUAAUGUGUUUAUGGAAGCGAAUACUCUGGCAUUUGUCUUCAGUAAGGCUGCAGACAGUUUCAGUGAGUUAACCUCAAGCGAUGGUGAGGAAGACAUCUCAACCUUUAAACCUCAGUGGGAGGUGUCAAAGUUGAAUUUACCAAAAUUCAAUUCAGAGGAGGAUGGUGCAGAUCAAAUAGAAAAUAGUAACCUUCCAGAUUUUGCCAAAAUAAAGACAGGGUCACCUCCAGAUGGUAUGAAGCCUAACCACAAACACGGACAUAAAAAGCCCUCAUCUCAGAAGAAAGUUGAUGUAAGCAGGAAAAGUGGAUGCAGCAGUACAUCAAGUAGAUCAUCUGAGACGUCACGCUCCUCUAAGCAGAGCUCUGGUAGCUGCUCAAGUUCCUCCACACCACCACUUUCUAACCAGAGAAUCCAAGGCCUUAGUUUGCAUAGUCGCUUCUUAUCUUCAGUAGACAAGAAGUUGAGCAAAGUUCUUCCAAAUAUUCUUCCACCACCACUGAAAGGUUUGGUUAAUGAGACAGAAAGGAAUAUGCGAUUGAAAGCAAAGCGAAAGCAGGAAACUGGAAAAAGAGGUCCGAUGAAGGCGGUCGUUCCAGUUGACAGUAUGACACGAGCUGGUGGUCCUGAAAAGAAAGGAGAGCAAGCAGAAGCUCGUGUGCUUAAAGCUAAUUCUGGUGUCACUAGCACACCAAAAUCUCUGAUCAGGUCAUCAAGAUCAUCACUUAAUCAUGAGACAGAAACCACAAAUACUCCAGUUCUGCCUGCCAGAUCAUGUCAGAAAAAGGCCGCGAAUCCUUCUGCGCUGUCUAUGAUUGAGUCAAGGACAGUUGCUGUCAAGAAAGAUGGUUCUGGGGUUAACAGAUCAUUUACAGCAUUGUCCUCGACAUCAUGUGUUCCAGUUCUGAGGCGUGCCAAUUCUCUUACCAGUGGAAUUCCUUCCCUUGCAUCACCUUCUGUCUUUCUAAACCAGCCGUCGUCUUACGAUAAUAACAGUGUUCCUGUUAGUUCUAAAGAAAAUCCAAAGCCUGUCUUGGAUGUACAGCCAACAACUCCAGUUCGUAGGCAGUCAUGUCAGAUACCAACUCUUGGCUCUCAUCAGAAAAGCAAAUCAUCGAGUACCAUUCCACAAUUUAAUCUAUCAGGCUUGGCGGUAACAUCCACUCCAGCAAGAAAUGACAGAUAUACGUCUCCAAAUCACAGUACUUUAGAAUGUUUACCAUCUCCUAUCUCUGUUAGGGAUAAUAGAGAGAGUUCUUCAUUGCAAACUGGAAUAUCUGAGAGUGUUAAAACUGUUGAUGUGCCUAGAAAUACAUCUGCAGAUGGCUCCCAUCAAAAGAAGAAAACCAUAUCUAUUUAUAAAAAUCACGGAAGGUCCAAAUCUGCAUCUAAUAUACAACCCCCAAGAGACAAACGAAAGUCAUUGACAGAAAAUCACUCAGAUAGAUCUAAAAUUCACGUAUCUUCAGAUAACUCUGCGACAUUUGAUAAUGAUGUCAAGAAAGACCGUUCAAAAUCACCUGGUUUCCGAAUGGGCUUAUCAAAACCUCUGGUGAUGAAAAAUCUCAACAACCAUUAUGUUGCAAGCAAAGAUAAUCAGAAGAAGGAAUUAUCGCAUGCUUCUGGAAAUGAUCAAAGGAAGGCAAAGACACUGUUACAGAUUUUUUCUAAACUGAAGAGAAGUGCUGCUAUGCCAAUAGACAAGGAGAAUGUAAAUCCAUCAUGCGAAAUCCACCUCUGAAGAUGUGUUAGUGAGUGUGGUUAAUAAUAUGGUAGUAUAAAAUGAUUUAUUCUGUCAGUAGCUUACUUACAUAAAAUGAUACCAUUUAGCAAUAAAUCGUAGUCCAGUUGUAAUAUUUUUAUAAAAAGAAACUGUGUGAAAGUUUGAGACCCAUCUAAAAGUAUCAACAUUUUAAUGCUCAGAAUUUUUAAAUGUAACUUGCACUUAUUUAUGUAUAUCUUGAGUAUGGUGAGUGCAUUCCCAGCCAUAAAAAUUGAUACUUUUUUUUUUUGGGUAUUUGCAAAAAAUGUUGACACACUGAAACUCUUCACAUGCAGAAGUAACAAUGACUGUUAUUCCAUUAAUUUCAUAGUAUUCUUGGUCUGUUGUAUUUUUGUACCAAUAAUAACCAUAUCUAUGAUGUUUUCCUUUGAUUCAGAAAGUACUUUGUGGGUUCUUUAGUUUAUAAAUUUCACAUAAUAUAGAGGAUGUUUUCAAACAUGUGAAUAACAAUCACACAGUCCUGAUAAAUAUAUCUGAAACCUGAUAACAUAAGUUGUUCAAAACUCAGAAAUACAAUUUAUUUCCCUUAGUUGUGUAUUAAAAAUUUAAAAAUUGUUCAAUAUAUGAAGAGUGACUGAAAAUAAAAUGGCGUGAUCAGCUCAUAACAUCUGGGUGGAUCAGUAUAUGUUAGUCUAUAUAACUCUUAAAAUGUCUAGUUAUUCAUGUCAGUAUUUAUAAUAUUAAUUAUGGCAGCAUUAACACUUGAAAUAAAAUAUGCUAAUUGAUUUCAAGUUUUAUAGGAAAUAAAAUAAUAGAAUUCUGUUCAUUUUA